ACAGUGUGUCUUUCUCCUUUCUAACUUACCAUCCCGCUGCGUCAAUGCAGCGGAAUAAAUAACAGCUGGAAGAUAUCUCUGAACUCAAUCGAGGAGGAAGAACAAUGCCACUGACUCAAGGUGCACUGUGUUUAUUUUGAGAUUACAGCCAAAUCAUCUCCAUACUAUAUAUUCUGAGCGGGACGGGACAGGUGCGCGGAGUGCAGGGAUUCAUUAUAAACCCAGAUUCGAUGCAUUUCCAAAUUUAGACGAUUAUAAACACUGGGGCGUUGCGAUAAUCGUCUCUUCAGCGUAAAACACACGAGCAUCGGCAGAUUCCAAGAGUGAAUUGAUUGAUCACAUCACACGUCUUUCUGCAAGUGCUCACUUAUUAAUACAACAAACAAAAGGACGCGAGUGUUUCUACUAAAGUGCGCUGAUCUUUCCCAUCCUUCUCAAUGGUAACUCGUGAUUGCAUCCGUCUCUAAUGGCUGAAUGCAUUUAGAUGAUCACUGGCGCUUCAUCGAGUGUGGGAAUCAUCAAGAGAGGACAAUGUUGAUGAAGGAAUACAGGAUAUGUAUGCCACUCACUGUGGAAGAGUACAGGGUUGGUCAGCUCUAUAUGAUCAGCAAGCACAGCCAUGAGCAGAGCGAGAGAGGAGAGGGCGUGGAGGUGGUGCAGAAUGAACCAUAUGAAGACCCCACAUACGGCACCGGCCAGUUCACAGAGAAACGCAUUUAUCUGAACAACAAGCUGCCCAGCUGGGCCAGAGCUGUGGUGCCCAAAAUCUUCUAUGUUACAGAGAAAGCAUGGAAUUACUACCCCUACACCAUCACUGAGUAUACAUGCUCUUUCCUGCCAAAGUUCUCCAUCCACGUUGAGACAAAGUAUGAAGACAACAAAGGCAGCAAUGAUAAUAUCUUUGACACAGAGCUCAGAGAUGAAGAGACAGAGAUGUGCUUUAUCGACAUUGCCUACGAUGAGAUCCCUGAGCGCUACUACAAGGAGGCUGAGGAUCCAAGACUCUUUAAAUCAGAGAAAACGGAACGAGGAAUGCUGCAGGAGGGCUGGAGAGACAACCAGGACCCCAUCAUGUGUUCCUACAAGCUAGUAACAGUCAAGUUUGAGGUGUGGGGACUGCAGACUCGUGUGGAGCAGUUUGUGCACAAGGUGGUGAGGGAUGUGUUGUUGCUGGGUCACAGACAGGCCUUCGCCUGGGUUGAUGAAUGGAUUGACAUGACGAUGGAGGAGGUGAGAGAGUAUGAACGAGCCACUCAGGAAGCCACCAAUAAGAAGCUGGGAACCUUUCCCCCGGCUAUUUCCAUCAGAGAGACGCCCCUUUCAGCCAGCGCUCGCAGCGGCCCAUCCAGCGCUCCCUCUACGCCCCUUUCCACAGACGCCCCAGACUUCCUCUCUGUGCCAAAGGACAGACCCCGGAAGAAGUCAGCACCAGAGACCCUCACUCUACCUGACCCGGCACGAAGAGACUCUGCCUUCCGCUUUCCCAAUCUCUUUUCCUGGGGUUCAAGCUCCCCACAGCCUGAGUAAACCACAGUGUUGAGUUUUUUUUUUGAAAACACUCUCUGGUAAUGUGUCUUUUUGACACAAUCUGUAGUAAUCUCUCCUUAAAUAUUGAGAGAUAUGUGCAGUGUCCAAAACACAAUCACAGAGUGGCUUUUCAACCUGUGCAACCUCAUGUUUCACACUGGGAGUUAAUAUACAAUAGGCCAAGAAGUGCAUUCUGACUUACACAAAUAUUACAGACUACUGUUAAUAAUAUCUCAGGAGUUGUCCUAUUGAUUAACAGUGCUGAAGCUGUUUUAUUUUUCCUACUGCUGAGCCAUAGAUGCAAAUGUUGAAUAUGAAGAAGGAUUUGAAGCCACUGUUGUUUUGUAGUGAUGUAUUUAUUGGUCAGUUCUGCUCAAUAUUUCGAUAUUUCAGUUGUGAUAUUAUGUUAAUGUUACUUUAUCCUCAGGCUUCUGGAUUUCUCAUUUAGAAAAUAAUCUUGUGUUUGACAUGUACUGUAAAUAUCUCAUGAUUUAAAAAAAUGUAGAGAUCAAUUUGAUUGCAGCCAUGCUCUUGUCUUGAACUUUAACCUGUCUCAUUCCCAUCCACUCUUUAAUGGAAAACCAGGAGGUACCAACUCUACUGACUCUUACUACUUUUGCUUAGUCUGUUUUUGGAUAUAAACUGGCACUCCUUUGUACGUAGUUUCGUAUUCAAAAUCAGUUUGUUUGAGGAGCAUGUGCAGUAUAAGAUUAUUAAUGAAGUAUCCUGUUCCUUACAUAUGUUCAUGGUUUGGUUUUAUGUGAUGCAUUAUUAUCCUUGAAUAUAAAUGAACUCUUCAUUGAAUGCUCAAUUACUAGGUUGUUGUAUAAUCUGCAAGCUCUAAGGAAUGUUUGCCACUGCUGGCCAAUGUAUACUUUGUAAAUUGAAAUGCUCUUGUACUCUUGCUGGUUUAUGUAUAUCUGUUCUUUUGAACUUCAACGUUUUUUUCUAAAGGAUUCAGACAUGCGCUUGCCAAAUCUUGGGAAAUCAUGCUUUUGUUUUCAGUUACCUUUGUGAAAUUAAAGCAUUUGCUAUCUA